UGGAGUUUACCUAAAAACGAUUUUUUGUAGGCAGAAUCCCUAUUUUGAAGAAAUACCUGCGAUCCCGAGGGUACGGGGCGAUCAAGACUACCCAUGAGAUCGUUUUAAAAGCACGGAACGAAAGGCAAGGAUCGGUUAAACGCACGGUGAAGCUGCAGCGACGUUGUUCCCGUUUUCCUAAGCUAGCACGGGCCUCUAUGGCGAGUUAAGGACGAAAGGAUGGUCGUAAUUAGCACCGAGCAGUACGUGGAAAUACAGAACUACAUCCGGGACUAUGAAGGACUCUCGAUCGACUGCAGCGUCGAUCUGGUCAAACAGUUUCCGGCCUACCCGAAGGAAACGCUCGGCAGCAUCCUUUCCAAGGAGGUUCUUCAGCGAGUAAAAACGAGCCACUCGCGGAUUGUCGCAAAGAGCGCCGCACUGAUCAGCGAAUACAAGGCAGCCGCAAAGCAAACCGCAAACCAUGAUAUCCUGCUGAAGAUGGCAGCGAAACUGCGCGUUCCGUCGAUGGUGCUGUGCCGGAUAAUAUUGGGGAAGAUCUUCUCAACCUCCACCCGGCAAGAGAUAGCAGAAAUGCUUCGAAUGCCAGACAUGAUCCCAGAUUCACUGCUGGCAGUGAAUGUGAGCUACAGUUUGUACAGCGAGAACAUGGACGGGCCGAUCACGGACGCGAUACGGCGGUGCAUCGGGGAGGAGUAUGAAGAUCGGACCAAGAAACUGGCUCGGGCGGCAGGAAUGGUGUUUUACGAUGAAGGUGACCUGCGCCGCACGGGUUACGAUAAGACACCCGAUCUGAAGCUGGCCAUACCGUUUGCAUAUCGCGGCCGCGUUAUUAACUGGAUCGAGAGUAAGGCAUCGUUCGGGGAUGUAGAUUCGCAUCGGCGGUAUAUCAAGGACCAGUUGGCUAGCUACGGCAAUCGGUUUGGUCCUGGGAUCGUAAUUUAUUGGUUCGGGUACAUUGCCAGCAUAGCCGAUUGUCCGGAGAACGGCAAUGAGGUGAUAGUAACAGACGGCUUUCCCGAGCAGCAUGAAAUAGAAUUGCUCUCGUUUAAUCUACCCAAAUCGUUGGUAGAUCAAUCGUGAUCGCCUAGCCUUUCGGAUGGCUAGUGUGACUUUGUACAUAUAAGCUAUUGAGUAAAACAAACUUUCUACUUUAAUCUUAA